CAUUCUUGCUCAGCGGACGGUUAAUUUUUCGUGUGGAGAGAAAAAUCUAUUCGCAUGUUUGAUAACUACUUGAGAGAAAUGAGACCGAAGGGUUUGUCUACUUAGACGAGAUAAUGAAACAAUGGGCGAUUCGGCGCAGAUGAAUAUUUAUCCUCAAAAUGCCCUGAAAAUUCAAUUUACUUUUCCAAACGCGAGUGAAUUACCUGUACCCAACGCACAAAAUAAAUGUGUAAAAAUUGCCGUUCCUAAGUACUCUCCGUUUUAGCUGUAAAACGCAAAGGAAAUUAUUUCAUCAAGUAAUGAGUUGGAAGAUCGGACGGGAGAUGAGAUGAAAUGACUAUCGCGGCUGUCAAUCAAACGUAAGGGGCGGAGCUUGGUCUCCCUACGCGUAGAGCUAUUCUCGUCGAACUUAGACGCUCGUUUUCGCCCAAAGCUUCGGGGGAUUCUGAGUGUAGCCAAUCCGUGGGCUUGUACUAUCCGCUGCUUAGACAAGCAAGAGACAUGAUGACAGCCAAGCUGGUCACUAAACGCACGGGAAACGGUUAUGUCUUGUCCUAGCGUAUAGAGAACGCAUGAUAAGAAUUAUCCGCUCUUGGCCUCUAAACCAAAGGUCUCAAACUGGACAGUGAACGGACGGAGUGACCAUAGGGGUCCACCCCGAGAUAGCCAGUGGUCAGCUGAUGAGCACGACAGGUGGUAAAUGACUUACCUGAGGUUCUAAGACAAUCACACACCUGUGAUUCAAGAGCGGCUUGGAAAGGAUUGUUUAUUUAUGCGGACUGUUUAUCAGUAAACUACGUACCUCGUUGACUGUUGACAAUGUCCUUACCUCAGUUCGGUUAUAGCUACCCAUCGACAGCUUCAUCGCUAUCAUCAUCACAGCAGAUCCUCAUGUCCAGCAGUCCGCCCACGACGACGUCCAACUCGUGCUGCGAGAAUGGCCGGACCCUAGUGACCAACCCCCACACUGGUCAGAGCGUCUGUUCCUGCCAGUACACCCCAUCCCUCCUCUCCUACUCCCGCGUGGCCGGCCUCGCCGACAGCGUCUACCCCACAACGCCAUACGCCACACAGGGCUAUGUGCCGCUGGGCACCGACCCAUCCGCGUUUUACCCUCCUUUGAAUACUCAUUACGACAUCAAAGAACCCGGCGAGACCUGGCGCGGGAUAAGUCAGCCCACUGCCUGCUACCCUUACGACCCCACAGUGUCGGCCUAUCCUUAUGGCAAUGCGUACGGAACAAUGGAUCUGAACAGUGCAGCAAGGCGCAAAAACGCAACAAGAGAAAAUACGAACACCCUGAAAGCCUGGCUGUACGAACAUAAAAAGAACCCCUACCCCACAAAGGGGGAGAAGAUCAUGCUGGCCAUCAUCACAAAGAUGACCUUGACCCAAGUGUCCACGUGGUUUGCCAACGCCAGAAGGAGGCUAAAGAAAGAAAAUAAAAUGACGUGGUCUCCUCGGAACAGAUCUGGCGAUGGGGACGACGACGACAAAUGUCACGACAGCGAUGACGACGAUGUAGACAAAGAUGAAGACAAUGACAAAGAUGAUAAGGAUCAAGAUAAAGAAACAAUAGACAUGAGCAAAGACCCUCUGGCAGGCUUUGACAACGUCAGUCAAACAUCACAUUUCCAGAGCGAGGCUGAUAAGGCUGUGAUUGACAGACCACUAGGGGAGACAACCCAUCUCUCUGUAGCUUCACCCCCCGGGCAAAUGAACGUAGUAAACGGCCCCUCCCCCCACGAACACAAACGCCCCGACUCUCUCUGCUCCAACAGCAAUGAUUCAGGUUUAAGUGACGUCAACUGCAGUUUUGCUGACGUAGGAAACAAUGGUGAACAAAAUGGACUCCGACCAAAGAUUUGGUCUUUGGCGCGAGUGGCAACGUCGGACAAUUCGUACCUUAACGGAGUGGGCAUGCGUCCCUUCCCCGAAUCCUCUCGUGUCAUGGAGGACAAGACCCCUCUACCUUCAGCUAGUCAACCGUGGGAGAGCGCUCUCUCCACCAGCGCCCCCUACACCGGAAGUUCUCUGAGUCUAGGCGGACACAAGAACUCUGGGACAGCGAAUCUUGGUCCCUCUCUAGGCGGCCUUUCUGCCAACAUGAGCGCUAGUAGUUUGGCAUACUCACAACUUUCUUCAUUCUGUGCUAAUUCCAAAUUAUCGCUCGACUGAAAGUAUGACCCACUUCAGUGCUUUUUCAUCAACGCUACGCAACUAUGUGUACCUCAGUCACCUAGGAGGAGUUAUCUCCCUUUCUUUGCACCUAAAUUCUGGACAGGCGAAACGAAACGAAAAACGAUAGCUGGCGAAGAUCACACUGAAAGGAACACUUUCAAGGGCUCGACGUCACAAGAUGUUUGUUACUGAUAAUUGAUAAACAGAUUUUUUUCUAAAGAUUUAUCUUCAAUCGAGUUUACAUUUGAAGUUCAAUGACCACAUACAGACAAAGCCUUGUUAUUGUUUUUGGGUUUUUUGUAAAGUACCAAGCAUAGUUGGACUUAUUCAGCUGCUUCAUCGUCAUGACACCGUUGAUGAACUUACAUUGCCCAUGAACCAGGGGCGAUAACUAGUGUGCAUCACACUUUGCAAUAUUUGAAGAUGGAGUAUUGCUUAUUCAUGGUCAUCGUGUAUAAAUGUUUCAAUUGCACAAUUUGUGAAUGUUUUCUUAGUGUACUUGUUGCCAGUAGACUCCGACCACGCCUUUGACGUGGUUUUGAAAGUUUUAGAAGGCAAAUGCGUUUUUGUUUUGUAAUUUUAUUUGCCUAACUGAUGCAGUCAGGCAGGUUGGAUGAAUGUUUCUUGUAUGAGAUGCAUUUGCAGUAAACACGGGAAACGAUUAGUUUCUUAAAAAUAACACAUGUUUAAAGUCAUCAGUUAAAUUAUGAUUCAUAUAUAAUCAAAUGUCAUAAUCCCAUGACAAAGGUACUGUAAUCAAUAAAUGAACACAAAAAUGUAAAUGUUUACUCAAUCGUCAAAAACACUUUAUUUGUAGUGUCGCAUGGGGCACGAAAACAAUAGUGUCUAUUCAGUUUUGUCAUGUAGUGCAUCAUAAAUAUCGAACUUUAGCACAAAAAUGUAAGCAUAAAAUAUUCAUUGCAAGAAAACAUAUUGAAAAUUAUGAAAAUAAUAUCUGCAGGAGCAGGGUCAGAAAAAUAGACAUGUAAGUAUGAAAAACAUAAUUUCCACUUUUAAUAAACUUGUAAAACAAUCAUCUCUUAUUAUUUCCACACUUAAAUUAGAAUCUAUUUAUAUUUGUAGUUUGAAUUCAGCUUAAUAUCACGCUGUUUGUCAAUUUAAAAAAAUGUUUGAAUUAUUUAUUUAAAUUUGUAAAUUUUUCCUGUACAUUUGACGGCUGUAGGUAUUUUGUAUAGAUCAUUUCAUCCUGUAGUGCUAUGUAUUUAAUGUACCGUCGGGAAUAUGAGGGGGAUUUUAUCGAACAUUUAUUAUCGCAAGUUAUGUCUUCAUAUACACAGUCUAUCUCGGCUCUGUCAAUAUGUUAAUCAGAGCUACAUAAAUAAACUUUUCUUGUUA